GGGGUCUACAGACGGUGAGGGAGGGAGGAGUUGGGUGUUGCCUCAGCUCUGUCUCCAAACUGAAGUCAGGAUUCCCAGUCGAGACUCAGCCCCGUUAUACACGCCGCGACACCUGGCCUGCUGCCGCCGUUCUGUGAACUCUGCACCGAAUACAUUUGACUAACGUUAACCGACCACAAUGGGAGUCGAAGGCUGCACCAAAUGCAUCAAGUACAUGCUUUUUUUCUUCAACUUCAUCUUCUGGCUUGCAGGAGGUGUUAUCCUGGGCGUGGCCCUGUGGUUGAGACACGAACCCAAGACCAGCAACCUGCUGGAUGUGAAAUUUGAUGGAGCCCAUCCCCCCAGCACCUUCUACAUCAGUGUCCACAUCCUGAUCGCUGUCGGCGCGGUGAUGAUGGUGGUCGGUUUCCUCGGUUGCUAUGGUGCCAUCCAAGAGUCCCAGUGUCUAUUGGGAACUUUCUUCACCUGCCUGGUCAUCCUGUUCGCCUGUGAAGUUGCUGCUGGAAUCUGGGGCUUCAUGCACAAAGACACAGUAUCGAAGGAGAUGAUCAACUACUACGACUCUGUGUACGACAAGGCCAUGACCCAAAGCAUCACUGACAAGGACAAGAAAACGACUGCUGCCUCCGUGCUCAAGGUCUUCCAUGAGACGCUGAGCUGCUGCGGUAAAGGCCUGGGCACGUCCAUUUUCACAUCGAUCACAGACACUAUGGGCAUGACUGAAAUCUGCCCCAGCUCUGGAACUAAAGUUAAUUGCCACAAGAGGAUCGAUGAACUGUUCACAGGGAAGAUCUACCUGAUUGGUAUCGCCGCUCUGGUGGUUGCAGUUAUCAUGAUCUUCGAGAUGAUCUUCAGCAUGGUGUUGUGCUGCGGGAUCCGCAACAGCCCGGUGUACUAAAGCGACGCUCGCCAAAUGAAGGAAGGACGACGUCUCCGUCUCCGUCUCUUUCUUUUUUUUUUUCCCUUUUCUUUUAUAAGCAGGAACACGUCACAUAUAUUGCUUGCUGGAUUUAGUCAGCUCUUUGAGAAGACAAACGUAAAAACCAUCCUCCAUUGAGCAUUUUUUUUUUAUUUUUUAUUUUUUUUUUAUAUAUUACAUGUCAAUUCUUUUGUUUUGUUAGUCACAGAUGCUGUUAUGCAUAUUUGACCAGUGCUAUCCUAACCUGAUAUGUAGAUAUUAUAUCACACGGUCACACAUGAAUGCCAUUCACCAGUUGGUGCUCUAAUCCUUUAGUGACGCAUUAGUUGUUUUACUGCUCCCUUUGCCUAUGAACAUGUACUUUUUUUUUCACUGUUUGAUGUAUAAACUGUAUAUAAAUAUAUAUAUUAACAGUGCUUUAUGACUGCCUAAGCAUGGGAAAUUGUAUUACAGUAGGUCUUUCUCCUAUAUUCUUCCUGCACUCUCUGCGUGUUUGUCUUUGCUCUAGACUGAACCAGAUGACGGCGUCCCCUGCCCUACAGACCAUUGUCUCGGUUUUCACCCACACUGCUGUGGGAUGUCUGUCUAACAUAAGGAAUCUCAGUGUAAUCCGGAAGCUGGAACCAAAGUCAAAGUGGCCCGAUGUCUUGUCACGUUGGCCCCUGUGGAGUUAUUUGUUGGUUUGUCUUUGGCUGUUUGUUGUUCAUCGUGUCUCCAAACGCUGUCCGAGUGCUCAGUUGUAUAAAACCUACGAGGAAGGUGUUUCCUCCUCAGUAAUGUUCUUUAGAUUUCCUUGGACAAAAAUGAAGCUGCUUAACCUUGAAUUAAGGACAGCCGCGAUGAUUAAUGGAUGAGUUGUCAACUGUCAAAUCAAUCCCCAACUCUUUUGAUAAUCGAUUCAUCGUUUUGAGUCAUUCUUUCAUGAAAGCAAAAAGUCAAAGUUCUCUGAUUGCAGCAUCUUAAAAGUCAAUAUGUUCUAGUUUUCCUCUCUUCUGUGACAGUAAACUGAAUAUCUUUGAGUUGUGGACAAAACGAGACAUUUGAGGACGUCAUCUUGGGCUUCAGGAAACAACAUUUUUCACCAUUUUUAAGACCAAACAACUAAUCGAGAAAAUAAUCGACAGUUGCUGCCCUAGAAAUAAGUAAUGGUCUUAUAAACCAUACUUUAUAUUCAUCUAAAAACACACAAAUGUCUAUUUUGGCCUAGUUCCAGACUUGUGAACCACCACCUACAUCUCGUAUUUUGUCAAAAAAAUUUCAAUUGGGUGGUAAAAAUGCAAAAAAAAGGCAUUCGUAUGAGUACUAUUCAUUCUGAAUAUUGAGCAGAAUCUUUUUGUAUGAUAUGAUUUUCUCCAGACAACAACAGGAGUAGCAGGAGUAGACACGUUACCGUGCUUUUUGCUGGGCUGAGAAAUCCUUAUUAAUUAUUUCAGCACGUUUGAAAUAUUUCCCGGAAACCCAUUUUGGUGUAAUCUGUAUGUGAGUAAAAAAUAACAAAACAUUAAGAUAGAUCUAAAAGAGAAAAAACUUUUAACGGUUUUAUACAACUGUGCACUUAUUUGUGGAGGCGACUUGCUUAACACUAUGACCAUCUCUCCCAAAUCGGAGGGCUCAAAUUGAAAUGUGACCCAUAGCACUUACACUUAGAGCAAGUUGGCUGAUCUCUGUGUGACUGACACUCCUGUUGCAUCCAUAGUAUUGAUGGUGUGCUUUUUCCCGAACUUGUUAACCAUCAGCUGUUAACUUCAGCCAGCUGUCCUCUGGUUGCUCAGCUCUGCAGGCUCGUAGAGGAAACACGUGGUGCGAGUCCAGCCUGUAGCCGUCGUAGCAGCAGAAAGAGCCUUACUUUGGUGUUCUGAAUCAAUCUGGCGUUGCCUUGUCUGGUUGAGUCUAGUCCUGCCUUAUCUGACCUGAUUGUGUCAUUAAUGUACUCUCCCCCCCUCUGGCUUCACAGCCCACUAACCUCUUCUGGUUGACACCGUUGCUGUGGUAACUGUCCCUGAUGCGGGGCUGAGUCAGCCAGCGGUUCGCACCAAGCUGUUUGCCCUCCUGCUUACGUUGCUAUGCUGUUGGUUUGGCCCUGUAUGCACCACCAAAAACAGUUUGAGCUAGUGUAUUUGUGUGCACAUACAGAACAGGGGCGGACACAAUAUCACGAACACCAGGUGCAGUCGAAUCAUGAUGUACGGAGGCCCAUUCCUGCCAGGAAAAUAAGUCCCUGAAAAACUAGCAACGAUUUAAGAAGAUUGAAGAGUAGUGGUGUCUGUUUUGGGCUGGGUUCAAAUAAUCGAUAUUCCAAUUUAAAAAGUGAUCUGAUAUUGAUUAUUACAAUCCCGAAAUCAAUCUUUUAAUAUAUGCCUUUUCACCAUGGAUGUAUAACCCACCACCAACGUUUUGGGAGUCAAUUCUUAACGUAACAAUCCGGCGCGUUAUAAAAAAUAUUUGAGGGUGGCCUCUUGCUUGUACAAUUUACAGCAUCUGAUAAUCUCUUUUACAUCCAAGCUAAAUUGAUAUUAUAACUGAAAUUCCCCUUUUAAUAUUAAAUUGAAUCCGAAAUGUAAUCGAAAUCUGGACCUUGUGAGUCGGAAUCAAAUCCAUUCGGUAAAUCCUUGGCAAUACCCAGCCUUAGUGUUGUUGCUUCGAGAUUGCCAGGCAACCAGCAUUGGCUCCUGGAAGUCCAAACGCCCAGAGAAGAAAUAGUUCCAGCACGUAGUUCCCCUUUAAAACCACAACUUGUGGUAUCUUGUAAUUAAAACCUAACCCAAGUCGUAUUUGACUCCCAUAUUAGUACAUCUGUCAGUUUCACAAAUCCACUUCAGGGCUGUCGUAGUAGACUGCGUUAGGUUUUUACUGGUGGUCAAGAUUUUGUGUCUGCGUCCUUUUAAGUGUUUUUUAUGACCGUCUCUGGCUGAUUGCAGUGGUAAUAUUUGUAUUGGUAUCGGUAUAGGGCAGCGCAGUUGCAUUAACAGCUACCGCGUGGACCACAAAUCAGUCUUAACUGCCUGCUCAAGCUCAGCCAAUCAGAAAGCUCCCACCUGGCAGCUGAGCACGGAGGCUUGGAAAAUAGAUUUUGAAGUCUGUUGCUACUAGACCCUGCUGCCGCUGACACUAACACACAACUGUUUCACGCAUCAUACACACUCAAAUGAAAUCAUUAUCAUCUCGCGUCCCCUUUCGUAUUAUCACAGCUUUUGUCAACCAACUAAAAAACCUUAGCCUGUUAACGUCUACUUAAACCAAGAAAAAACAGUAAAAGUGUCUUGUAAUAUUUACAGCUCUGAUGUACUAACGAAAAUCAUGAAGGCUGUAGAUAGACAAUGUAUGCCUUUUUUCUCUUCUUGUAUUGUGAUAUCUGUGUUUGGUACGUCGUCAAAGGAGUCUGGACAGAAAGAAGGGUGGGGAUGGGGUGGGGGGAUUUUGUGGCAGUGGAGACUGAGGAGUCAAACCUUCAACACAUCAGCUAGUUUCCCCUCAGAAAUCAUUGGGUGUGGGUUGGAUAGGACUACACUCAUCAGUCCGGUGGUCCCCGAUGGUGAGAGAACUAGCUGCGUUCCUCCGACAGAGCCCACCGUCCAUGUUGAUGCCUCUUUCAUUUGGGAGAUGACACUCAGGACCCACUGCCACUUACAUCUCAACCCCCCCUUCUCUGCUCUUCUAGACUUUUGGUUUGCCCAAAUAUAAAGGGAUUAAAUGUAUUUUACAAAUAAACAACCAUCAGGUG